AUAUUUGCGAAUGAACAAGUUAAAAUUUCCCGCCACGGAAAACGAAAGAUGGCAUAUCGAAUCGUAUGCAAUCAUAUAGAUGGUUGAAGAGGCAUCCGGGAGACUCACUGUCGGCCAUAGUAGAAAUGGCGGGUGUUAGCUUACGUGAAUGACGGCGAUCGUGCUCAAGAUUAUUAUCGAAAAGCAAGUGUUCUGUGUGUGUUUUGUAACACGGGAACGAUACCUUAGUAUCAUAUGAUUCAUCUGGAAGGUAAAGAUGCAGAAUGUAGCACAAGGAACGACCUCGGAUAGUCAGAAGCACGAGAAAUUAGCAAGCGUUCACCACGACAUUGGAAAGACGUCGUCGACUCCCCAGUCUUCGAAUUCCAGCCCUACGAAGUCAGAAACCGAAACCUUCUCCGAAUUACAGCCGCGCUUUAUGGCAGACUCGUCGGAGAGUGAAGAGGACAGUGUUUCAGAGGUGGAGUGUUUCGCAAUUGAUCAAGUUGAAUUAGACGAAGGUCAUCAUUUAGAGUCAUCCAAGCUCCUGUUAACUUCUGAAGAUCCAGAAAGAUCUGUGGAUCCUGAAACUCAAGCUCGAUUAGAAUCAUUGCUGGAAGUAGCUGGUAUUGGCAAGUUGUCAUCAGGCGAUGGGAAGCACUUGCCUGAUCACGAAGUGCUCCGUCGCAUAACAUCUAGUGUUUCUUGUGCAUUAGAUGAAGCAGCAGCUGCAUUGACUCGUAUGCGCAACGAUAAUUCACGCACACAAAGCGAAAAGCGCGCUCUUGUAGAAGCUUGCACUGACGGGGACGUAGGCACUGUUAGAAAAUUAUUAACAGAAGGACGCAGUGUUCACGAGACUACAGAGGACGGAGAGAGUUUGCUCUCUCUUGCCUGCUCAGCUGGAUAUUACGAACUUGCUCAGGUACUUUUGGCAAUGAGUGCAAACGUAGAAGAUCGUGGCAUAAAGGGGGACUGUACCCCUUUAAUGGAGGCUGCCAGUGCAGGACACGUAGAUGUUGUAAGCUUGCUUAUUGCUCAUGGAGCUGAUGUUAAUGCUCAAUCUACUGGAGGUAAUUCGCCUCUUAUAUAUGGAUGCGCGGGUGGUCAUGAGGAAGUAGUACGAGUAUUAUUAGAAGCAGGUGCCAAUGUGGAAGAUCAUAAUGAAAAUGGCCAUACACCUUUAAUGGAAGCAGCUAGUGCUGGACAUGUUCAGGUUGCCAAAAUGUUACUGGAACAUGGUGCUGGAAUUAAUACUCAUUCCAAUGAAUUUAAAGAAUCUGCAUUAACAUUAGCCUGUUAUAAAGGUCAUUUGGAAAUGGUUCGUUUUUUACUAGAAGCUGGCGCGGAUCAGGAGCACAAAACUGAUGAAAUGCACACUGCCCUUAUGGAAGCAUCAAUGGAUGGCCAUGUAGAAGUAGCUCGUUUACUCUUAGAUUCGGGUGCGCAGGUGAAUAUGCCAACAGACAGUUUUGAAUCACCAUUAACUUUGGCUGCUUGUGGAGGUCACGUUGAUCUUGCUAUGCUCUUAAUUGAACGGGGCGCUAAUAUCGAAGAAGUAAAUGAUGAAGGUUAUACACCGUUAAUGGAAGCAGCGCGUGAAGGUCACGAAGAAAUGGUUGCUUUGCUUUUGAAUCAAGGGGCGAAUAUCAAUGCUCAAACUGAAGAAACGCAAGAAACAGCACUUACUUUAGCCUGUUGCGGUGGCUUUCUAGAAGUUACUGAUUUUCUAAUUAAAGCAGGAGCUGACAUUGAGUUGGGUGCCUCUACUCCACUAAUGGAGGCUGCGCAAGAAGGUCAUUUAGAACUUGUUCGUUACUUACUUGAAGCUGCAGCAGAUGUUCAUGCUCAAACACAAACAGGAGAUACUGCAUUAACAUAUGCUUGUGAAAAUGGUCAUACUGAUGUUGCAGAUCUUAUACUUCAGUUUGGUGCUGAUUUGGAACAUGAAUCAGAAGGAGGAAGAACACCGUUGAUGAAGGCAUGCAGAGCUGGUCAUCUCUGUACAGUUCAGUUUCUUAUAUCGAAACGCGCAGAUGUUAAUAGGCAAACAACGAAUAAUGAUCACACUCCCCUUUCGUUAGCUUGUGCUGGCGGACAUCUUCCAGUAGUAGAACUUUUACUUGCACAGUCUGCUAAUCCGUUUCAUAAACUGAAGGAUAAUUCUACGAUGUUAAUAGAAGCUGCAAAAGGUGGACAUACCAGUGUAGUUCAACUUUUGUUGGAUUACCCACACAGUAUUAUGAUGAGUACACCUCACAAUGCAACACCUACACCUAUGUUGCUCCCACAACAACAACAGCAACAGCAGCCACACCAACAACAGCAUCAACAACAACAGCAGCAACAACAACAACAACAGCAACAUAUUACGCAUCAACAACAUGUACCCCAUCAACAACAUGCGUCUACACAACCACAAUCGCAUCAACAACAACAACAACACGCUACAGAUCAAUCACAAGCGCAAAAUCUUCAACCUAAACAUAAUACACAAAAAUCGUUGUUGCGAAAAAAUCGAUCGGUAACCAUGAUGUCAGAUAUGAGUCUUACUUCUGCCGAAGCGCAACAAGUUCGAUCUCAGCCCGCAGGAGAAUCAGUUGUUACAACUAAAGAUGACACUAAUAUUUUGGAUAAAGGUAGUGGAGGAUUUACCAAUCUUUCAGAACCUAACAUCAGCCUUAGUCCUGCCCCAGCACCAACACCAGGGUUAAAUGUCUCGGAAAGCCGUAAGACAACAAGACAAGAGCAGAUUCUUCAUAAACAACAAAUUUUUGAGGAAUUACAAAGGGUAGAGAGAGAACUACAAAUUAAGGGUCCAGGACAUUGGUUCUGUAGUGCAAAGAAUCCUGUUGUAACUCAACAGCAACAACAGCAACCGGAAGAUUCUAGUAAAUCAGAUACAUUGUCAUCAGGUUUAGUUUGCAGUACAAGCGGCAUGUCUGGAAAUUCAUUAACUCAUCAAGGUACUAGCCAGGCAAUGAUACUAUAUGAUGCAUUUCUCUCAGGAAAACGAUUUGCACAAGCUCAGUUUUCACAACAAAUACUUUCUACAACAAAUACUUUCCCUACUUCUCCUCCGCUUUCUCUUGCAACGAUACCCGUUACAACGUCCGUUCCUUUGGUUACUUCAAAUACAUCUUCAACAAUUACGCCGAGUGCUCCAAGCAUAACUACACCCCCUACUGUUAUGGCAGUUUCUCAACCUAUUACUGCGAGCAGCGAUGUUAGUCAAAAUACAGCUAUUAGUGAUCGUCCGAAAGCGAAACCUGUCUCUAAAAAAGAAAGCAAAAAUAUUCGGAAAGCUUCAUCUAGUGUAAUGAACGGCAAAUUACAACAACAACAACAGCAACAACAACAACAACAACAACAGCAGCAGCAGUCGCAGCAGCAGCCACAGCAACAGCAGCAGCAACACCAACAACAGCAAGCUAAUUUGAUGGCUGGUCUUCAACAGCAAUACCAACAAAAACAGCGAUUACAUACUUAUCAAGUUCAACAGGUACAUCAGUUACAACAGCUUAAUCAACAAUUGCAACAACAGUUACAGUUGGAUCAAGUACAGGCACAGCAACAACAACCACAACAACAACCACAACAACAACAAGUUCAACAACAACAGCAACAGUCACAGCAAUUGCAGUCGCAGCAAUUGCAAUCACAGCAACAAACUGGGGUAGUAACUGCAAAUGGAAAUAACAUACUUAUGCCUACACAAUUAAUGUCACAUCUUCAUCCUACGCAUACUCAUCAUCUUCAUGAUCAGCAAACUCAACAAAAUCUAACGGAGCAGGCAGAUCCUGAAUUAGCCAGAUUGCAUCGAGAUGGAGCUUGUCCCUUUGUUGCUGCUGCUCAAAAGGCAAAGGCUCUUUGUUCAAGUGAAAGUGUUAUAAAAUUAGAAGAUGGCACACAUAUCCCUUUGGAUGAUGCCUUUGAGAUCUUUCGAUCUAUUAGUUUUGAUGAUACUGUUGAUGCAACAGAAGAUCAAGAAAAACUUGAACUGAAAAGAUUAGAGGUAUCAAAUGGUAAAGAUACUCAACAAUCACAACAGCAGCAACAGCCACAACAUUUGCAAACCACACAAAUAGUUCAACAGACUACCAGUCCUUAUACUUCUCAAGAGUAUUUUACCAAUCCUGUAUUACCAACUUUGCCUUCACUUCAAGUAACUAGUGCUGAUGUUCAAAUACAAGCUGAUAUAUCAGCAGAUUUACCAUUUAAAGAUCCAUUAAAGGAAUAUCAAGAGGGAUAUCUUGAUGGUCUUCGAUAUCAUUUUCAAUCGCAACUCUUGUUGCAGUCAUCUCAAAUAACAUUUCCCACCCAAGCUUUACCAACUGUAAGUGAAGCAACGGGAAUAAUAGAUAGUAUACCCCAUCAAACGAAUGGUUAUACCCAGUCAACAGUCUGUAAUACUAAUCAAGUUCAAGUAGCUACUCAAACUCAAGCACCAGCAACAACAACUGCUGCAACUAUUGUUGCUUCAGACAAAAAGCAAGUUUACACAGCACCAACGACUGGUAAAGGAAAAAAGGGAAGAUACCCACUUCUGUCUCAGCAACCAUCAUGUCAACAACAACAAACUACUAACACUCAACAGCAGACACCUAAUUUUCCCAGUCAGAAUUAUCAAUUGGAUCCAACAACAGUUGCUGGUCAGUAUACAACAGGUGUUCCAACGGUUGGUGGUUACACUACUAGUCAAGUACCGCCUGCACCAUUUUCUUGUAUGGAUGUGGAUUCUGAAACAGAUAGUAAUCAUGAUACAGCUUUGACUUUGGCAUGUGCUGGUGGUCAUCAUGAGCUAGUUGAACUUUUAUUAAGUCGUGGUGCAGAUAUAGAACAUAGAGACAAAAAGGGAUUUACACCACUUAUUUUGGCAGCAACAGCAGGCCAUCAAAAAGUGGUAGAGAUUCUUUUGAAUCAUGGGGCUGAUAUAGAGGCGCAAUCUGAACGAACCAAGGAUACACCCUUGUCGCUUGCCUGCAGUGGUGGUAGAUAUGAAGUGGUAGAACUUCUGCUUAGUCGGGGUGCAAAUAAGGAACAUCGUAAUGUUUCUGAUUACACACCUUUAAGCCUUGCAGCAUCCGGUGGCUAUGUUAAUAUAAUAAAGCUUCUUCUUAGUCAUGGUGCCGAAAUUAAUUCCCGAACUGGUUCAAAAUUAGGUAUUUCUCCACUUAUGCUUGCAGCUAUGAAUGGUCAUGUUGCCGCAGUAAAGCUAUUAUUAGAUAUGGGCAGUGAUAUAAACGCUCAAAUAGAGACUAAUCGUAAUACGGCGUUAACAUUGGCGUGUUUUCAAGGAAGACAUGAAGUUGUUAGUCUUCUUCUCGAUCGAAAAGCUAACGUAGAACAUCGAGCUAAGACCGGCUUAACACCAUUAAUGGAAGCAGCCAGUGGAGGAUAUGUAGAAGUUGGACGUGUUUUACUUACAAAAGGAGCUGAUGUUAAUGCUACUCCCGUACCAUCAUCUCGCGAUACUGCCCUGACCAUUGCUGCUGAUAAAGGACACUGCCGUUUUGUAGAAUUAUUAUUAUCAAGAGGUACACAAGUUGAAGUAAAAAAUAAAAAGGGAAAUAGUCCAUUAUGGCUAGCGGCAAAUGGUGGACACUUGAAUGUUGUUGAUUUGUUGUAUCAUGCUGGAGCAGAUAUUGAUUCCCAAGACAAUCGAAAGGUUUCUUGUUUGAUGGCUGCAUUUCGUAAAGGGCAUAUUAAGGUUGUUAAGUGGAUGGUAAAUCAUGUUACUCAGUUUCCUAGUGACCAAGAAAUGACAAGGUAUAUAGCUACUGUCAGUGACAAAGAACUUCUAGAAAAGUGUCAAGAAUGUGUAAAAGUUAUUCGAGCAGCAAAGGAAACUCAAGCCGCAAAAGCAAAUAAAAAUGCGACAAUACUAUUAGAAGAACUUGAUAUGGAAAAAACAAGAGAAGAAUCAAAGAAAGCCGCGGCUGCUCGUAGGAGAGAACGAAAGAAAAAAAAGAAGCUUGAAAAGAAAGAAGAAAAACGAAAAUUGCAUGAAGAGUACAAGAAAAAUGAAACGAACUAUGAAGAUAAAGAGGAAAAUGGAAAAAAAUCCGGAGAUGAAGAAUGCGAUAGAGUGGAUGAUAGUGAACAUGAAACUGGGGAUAGCUGUGAAAGAAUGGAUAGUAUGCCAUCACCGGUUAACAGAAGUCCGGAAGAUCCUUAUAGAGAAGAAGGUGAUAGUGGAAUUGAUGCAAAUAGUCAAGGCAGUUGCAGUAGCAACGACGUCAAAGCAAGAGAAAAGAAAAAAGAAAAAAAGAAAAAGAAAACCAAUAGUCCUACUAACAAUGAAAAAGACACUUCUCCUCAAAGAUCUCCAAAAUCUGGUGUUACUCAAAGCACUACUUUAUCACAAAAUUCCAUUACACCAACAAAAUCUCAAAAUAAUGCAUCUGAAAAAAGAAUUAUGACUAAUGUUGCUAAUGCAGUAUCUGUUUCUGCGACUUCUGCCACAAUGAGUUCUAGGUCUUCAACUGUAAAUUGUGGGAAAUUGAAAGGUCAACUUGUAUUUGAAUCGUCGAGACAUCCUGCCGAUAGAGAAGACUUUGAAGCUACUGGCAAUGAAACAUACAUGCCUGGCAAGGGCAAGAAAUCUUAUAAUAAUCAAUAUGAUACUGACACAUUAACAAAUACUUCUACAAAAACAAACAACACCACUAGUCCCAAACAAGGUGGCAAGCGUGAAGAAGGAUGGAAAGAGGUUGUACGAAAGGGUCAAUCCGAUGAUUCUGGAAGGUUUAUGAAUUCACCAUUCCGUUCAAAGAAAGUUUCUGUUCCACCAAAUGCUAUUAGUCGAGUUAUUGGAAGAGGGGGCAGUAAUAUAAAUGCUAUUAGAGGUGCAACAGGAGCGCAUAUUGAAGUUGAAAAGCAAAGCAAAUGUCAGGGUGAACGAAUUAUUACUAUUAAGGGAUCAUCUGAUGCAACAAAACAGGCCCACACCUUAAUAGCUGCUCUUAUUAAAGAUCCUGAUGUUGAUAUAUUGCAAAUGCUUCCAAAAUCGAAACUUACAGUUGUUACGACUUCUUCUUGGGAUAAAACUGUAUCUACUGUAGCUUCGAGUAAAGCAAAAUUGGGUCCUGUAAAUAAACUUCCAAGUUUAACGUCUAGUUCCAGUGGUACGCAAAUUAAUAAAUCUAGUUACACUUCCGGUGUUUCUACCGUUAAUCAAUUGAUUCCACUUCGUUCAUCAUCUACUAUUAAACUUGCGGCAGCAUUUCCAACGCCGCUACCACGCGCAACAGCACCCAGACUUGUAGCUGCAGCUGAAAAACGAGCUCAAGCUGUAGCAGCACAGAUGGCUUCGUCUUCAAAUACGAAGACAACAAUGUCAUAUACGAAUGCAAUUAUGACUCCUGGACGAGCAACCAAAAUUGUAACGACAAGUACUACGCAAACGUUUGCAGCGAAACUAUCAGAAAUCACUGCCUCAACACAUAUAUCUACUACCGUCAUGCAGUCCACUCAUACAGUAAAUAAGCAAAAGUCGUUGCAAGCAAAUACAGUAACUGUCGUAUCAGCUACAGCCGCGGCAAUGGCUCAGACUUCGACUCAACAGUCUGCAGUCAAUACGUCACCAAAACACUGCCGACCACUGCCUACUUUAUCUGCUCCACCUACUAUUGUCUCCCAUUAUUCUGGAAAAUCUACUUACUCUCCCGGCUCAAAUGCGGCAGUAUCUCCAGCAACGAGCACUGUAGUUGCAUACUGCUCAGAAAGUACCAUCGCUUCAACUUCUUCGAAUUCAUCAAUACGGGUCAGUCCGUCACCUCCGAUAUCAUCACAAUGUCAACAGCAGUUACAACAGCAGCAACAACAAUCUCGUAGUCCGCCGCCUAUUGCAUCGACGAUACAAGAACAACAACAGCAACCACAGCAACAGCAGCAACAUCAGCAGCAGCAACCACAACAACAUCAACAACACCAGCAACAACAGACAAAUAAUACACCACUUGAAUAUUCAUUGUUCAAUGAUACAUUCACGAAAGUUACUCAACAGUCGAUGUGGGGUGGCCGUGAAAAUGAAUCUCAAAAGGGUAUGAAUUUUGCAACGGUUGCUGGAGGCGGUGGAGUAUCUGUCAACAUCUCAGGUUCAUCCUCGUCGAAAUUCAUUGACAGCGUGCCUCCUCAGGUAGAUGCUUCGAAAGCACCCGGAUAUCGGGGGACAACAAUGUGUUCGCCCGUUUCAAGUAAAUCAAAUAAUACAUCUAAUACGAAUGUGACUAGUAUGGGAAAUGGCGGUGUAUCAACCACAGGCCAUAAUCCUAUUCAACCACCACAAUUUCAAUCAUCUGGAAAUUACAACGAACAUCCUCUUUCAAACAAACCACCCGGAAGCUUAGCUGUAGCGCGACCAGUGAUUCCGCAACAAAAUAUAGAAAUAGGAGCAGCUAUGGGGACGCAAUUUAGUAGACCAGUAUUUCAAGGGGAAUUAGCUGGAACUCGUAAUACAACAACUCAUCAGUCGCAUGUGAUAGCUUCUACAUCACAACCAACGUUGGAUGUGGGUUUAUUUAAAGGAAACAACAUUGGAUAUGAACAUUCAAACGUAAAUUCAAGCUUAUUAAAGAUGGUACCCAAUGAAGGUCAAGGUCAUCCACUGUUGCCUUUCCAUCCACAUAUGCAGAAUUUCACGCAAACAAUAGCUCCAUCUGCUUCAGUGAAUACUACUGUCAGUAUGUCCAGAUUAAAUCCCAGAGCGCCUGAUUUUUCUAGUUCAUUACAUUUGAAUAAUAAACCUCAAGUUACAAUGUUUAAUGCCGGUUCAGCGGCAGCGGGAAUGCAUCCAAAUAUGUUUGCCACUGUGCCACCACCCCCUCCGUCCGCGAUCCAGUCCAAUAAUCUAGCAAUGCUCGGAAAUUUUCCAUUAGGAAAAUAUCAAGCACCAUCUCGAGCUACUCCAAACAAUACCGGAAUAUCGAAUAACGGACAAACUCGUUGGCCGUUCGCUCCGCCGCACAAUAAUUACCCGCCUCAUCAAGACCCCAUGAUAGGUCAAAUUGGUUUUUCCAAUCAUUUGGCAAACAUAACCGCACAACCUGGAAGUAUUGAUUUAAUUACAAGUCUAGAAAAUGGUGGUUCACCGGCCAUAUCACCCUCUUCACCGGCACAGGUAGCUCAAGAGAUGAAUCAGCUUAAGAUAGAAGAUCGUAAGGUACCACGACCAAUUGGUACGGAAAGAGCCUGGAAAAAUUAUGCAACGGCUGGUAUGGGACCUGGUGGUGAUGCUGAUUCUAUAAAUUGGAUGUUGAACAAUGAAAAACUUGUUGGUUCCUGGGCAAAUUUAGCACCGGGAAUAGAUAGGCAUCAAAUGUUUCGAUCUAAUGCUACUUACAAUCGUAUAUCCAAUGUCGAUGCUGAACUUCAUCAAAUGAUGGAAUCUUCUUUCCAGGGUCACGUUGAAACUCAGCAACAGGCUUUCCCUAAUGGAAGUGCAACCACUUUAUCACUAAUGCCAGGAUUAACUUUAUUACCGGGACAAUUUGGAACGCCUACAUUGACAGAAAUUCCUCCAAAUGAAGCAAAUAAAAUGGAUCCACCAACGUGGGGAAUACCAGAUUCUGUGCAAGACAAGCAACAUCCGGCAUGGAAUAAAUGGACUCAUUAAAAA